ACGUUUGAUUGGCUGUACCAAAACCUUUAAAACAGGCAACAUCUUUGAGCUGUCUAAAUAUUUUUGAGAACUAUUACAGCGUAACCCAAAACAUUUAGCAAAGAGAGUGAGGAAGUAUCAUGAGCGGCUGUCCUUUCCUUGCCAAGAAACAUCAAUUGUUUACAAGCAAGCACCUGACUGAUGAGGACGAUGACGCACAGAAGGGCAUCAACAGAGCAAGCAAGGGUGGAAUUGUUUAUGGAGAUUACCUGGAGCUGAACAAGGUGCUGGAUGCCCAGGUGCUGCAGAGUGAACUGAAAGGAAACAAAAUCCACGAUGAACACCUUUUCAUCAUAACCCAUCAAGCUUAUGAGCUUUGGUUUAAGCAGAUUCUGUGGGAGCUUGAUUCAGUCCGGGAGCUGUUCAUAAAUGAUGGCAUGCGAGAUGAGCGGAAUAUGCUUAAGGUGGUCAGCAGAAUCCAUCGGAUCACCAUGAUUUUCCGACUCUUAGUUGACCAGUUUGCAGUUCUGGAAACUAUGACAGCCAUGGAUUUUUAUGACUUCAGGGAAUACCUUACCCCGGCCUCAGGGUUCCAAAGUCUACAGUUCCGCCUCCUGGAGAAUAAGAUCGGCGUGGUCGACAGCCUCAGGGUGCCCUACAACAGACGUCACUACAGGGACAACUUCCAAGGGCUGGACAGCAAAGCUAUCCUGAAGUCGGAGCAGGAGCCAACCCUGCUGAAGCUAGUAGAGCAAUGGCUGGAGAGAACUCCUGGUCUUGAAACAGAUGGCUUCGACUUCUGGGGAAAAUUUGAAGCCAACGUCGAUCAGGCUCUCAAGUGUGAGAAACAAAAGAUUGAGAAAAUGCCAGAAUCAGAGACCAAGCAGGAAAUGCUAGAGGAUCUGAGCAAGCAAACGGAACUUUUCACAUCCUUGUUUGAUUCCAAACGCCAUGAACAUCUUCUGAGCAAAGGUGAUCGCCGGCUCUCAUUCAAAGCCCUCCAAGGAGCUCUGAUGAUCAACUUCUAUAGGGAGGAGCCUCGCUUCCAGGUUCCAUUUCAGCUCCUUACCAGCCUCAUGGAGAUUGACACACUCAUGACCAAAUGGAGAUAUAACCAUGUGUGCAUGGUGCACCGUAUGAUCGGCAGCAAAGCUGGCACUGGGGGCUCAUCUGGCUAUCACUACCUGCGAUCCACUGUCAGUGACCGCUACAAAGUCUUUGUGGACUUGUUCAACCUCGCCACAUAUCUGGUGCCCCGGUCCUGGAUACCAAAGCUGAACCCCAACAUCCAUAAGUUCCUCUACACAGCCGAGUGCUACGACAGCUCCUACAGCUCCAGCAGCUCCUGCAGCUCCUGCAGCAGUGAGGACUCCGAAUGAUCUGACUCUGACUCUGACUCUGACUCUGCCUUAUUCCCCAACAUGUCAUUGAGAUCUCAGCUAUUAAGAGGCUUUUAAUUUAAUGGUGUACCCUGCCUCAGUUCUCCAGAGCGGUGACUUCUGUAAAGAGCUGAAUCUGUCUAAAUGUUGUACAUAGCUAAAGGUCUUGCUCUGCUAUUUGUACAUUGAGCAAUGUCAUUCUUGUGUAUGGGAAGUAAACUAUGUAUAUUGUGUAUAGUGGUUGUUUACUUUAGUGUGUAUACUCUCAGAUAUACAUUUUUGAUAAAAUGAUAAAAAGGGGAAUAGACUAAUGAAGAGUCAUUCCUCAUAAACCAGCAAAACGAGGCUCUUAUAGUUGCUACCAAGUUUCUGUACAUACUUAUUUAUACUAAUAUGAUUUCACAAACUUGUAUCCUUCAUAAAAUGGGUCAGCUUAUAGAUAAAUUAUAUUUUGUAUGUAUUGUAUGCAAAGAUUUAGUAUGAAUAGUGAUAUCUGUUUUACUGUUAUACUUUUGUUACUAUAUUAAACACAUCAACAAACA